AUGACACUGGGACACUCGACGAUGACGACCCUGCUAGCACACGCAAUUAUGUCACUCCACCAAUCUCGACGCGCUCAUAGUUUCCUGUACGCAGGUUUCCCGGCACGGCAGAUCAGGCUGAAGCAUCCGAGCGCAAGCUCUGCCGAAGCAGACUGUGGUACAAAUGGACCACAUGUGCAGCCAGUGGAUCUUGGGCAAUGUUGCGACCCUGCAGAAGGUGUUCAGCAGAGUCCUAAUGGCAUAGGAGCGUUGCCGCCGACCGCAAGUUCCAAUGCAGCUAAUCAGCACAAGGAAGUUAAGAUGGAGGACAAUGAUACUGCUGACUCGACCAUUGAGCAGGUAAGGCUUGUCGACCACCCCAGUUUCGACCAGCUCCCGGGACGCGUGGCUUUUGUGGAGGGUGAGUUACAGACCGCGAGGUUGAUCUGAUACGAGGUCAGAAACGCCAUGUGGGUAGUCUUGGUGAAGUGUCCGGGUGGGCUUCUUGGAUACUGAACGCCACUCGCUUGACGCUUGUAUCACAAUCUGCAGCUACAAGAGUCUGCACCCGCCAACGUUGCAUUCGUUGCUCUACACACCAUACAAGACUUUUCUAGCAUAUUUUACAUACCUGCAUCAAGCCAUCCAACAUAGCGCAUUUCAAGCAUGGCAGUUGGCCAAUGACCCACAUCCCCAGCCAUCGCACGUGACAAGAGUUCGUUCAAUAUCCACCGCACACACUCCAUCGUAUCUCCACCAC